CAUAAAAAACCCAUACUAUACAUCUUUUUUUUGUGCCUUUUCUUCGUUGUUUUACCAUCCAAUUUUGAUGUUCUCAUAUUUAUUUUGGGGUCAGCAAAUAAAACUCCCUGCCUGUUAAGUAUCCAAUGGCUCAAGCAAUGCUAAAACCAAAUCAAGAGGUUGUUAUUGCUGAGGAAGUUGGUCGUGUUAGAGUGCUCACUUUAAAUAGUCCUAACCAAUUAAAUGUCAUCUCUAUAAAAGUGGCAUUGGUACUAGGACAAAAACUCGAGAAAAUUGAGAAAGAUGACAAUGCACAACUUGUUAUCAUCAAGGGAGUCGGCCGAGCUUUAUCUGUUGGUGGGAACUUGAAACAUAUUUAUGAUGGCAGAAAGACAAGGGAUUCUUGCAUUGAAGGUAUUUAUAGAAUGCAUUGGCUUUGCUACCACAUUCAUACAUACAAGAAACCACAGGUUGCUCUUGUUCAUGGAAUGUGUAUGGGGGGAGGUGGAUCUUUAAUGGUGCCAAUGAAGUUCUCUGUUGUCACUGAAAAAUCAGUUAGUAUACACAUACAUUAUUUUUCGACUCCUGAAACAAGAUUUGGAUACCAUCCAGACUGUGGCUUCUCAUAUAUGCUUUCACGACUUCCUGGUCGACUUGGAGAAUACUUGGGCUUAACAGGUGCAAAGCUGAAGGGUAAAGAAAUUGUUGCUGCUGGACUUGCCACUCAUUUUGUUCCUUUUGAUAAAUUGGUUUGCUUGGAGAAGAGCUUGUUGAGCUUAACAACUGGAGAAGAGAAGGCUAUCAGAUCAGCCAUUCAAGAAUUCUCAACUGAAGUUGAGAUAGAUGAAAGAAGUAUCUUGAACAAGCUUUCCAUAAUCAAUGAGUGCUUUUCCAAGGAUUCCAUGGAGGACAUUAUGAAAUCACUUGAAGUUGAAGCAAGGAAGGUAGGAAAUGAUUGGAUUGUAGCAGUGCUCGGAAGCCUAAAAAGAUCAUCCCCAACCGGAUUGAAAAUAACACUCAGAUCGAUUCGAGAAGGAAGAAAACUAACAUUGUCUGAAUGCCUCAAGCAAGAAUUUAGACUUUCAAUAAACAUAUUCGGAACAAUCAUAUCUAGCGAUAUCUAUGAGGGCAUACGGGCUAUCACAAUUGACAAGGAUAAUUCUCCAAAGUGGUACCUUCCAACUCUUGAGAAGGUGAAAGAUGAGCAACUCAACAUGAUUUUCAAGCCAUUUGAAGAACAUUUGGAGCUCCAAAUUCCAGACAAAGAAGAGUUCAGGUGGGAUGGAAAAUAUGAAAAUUCAGUAUAUUAUCAACUUAACCAAGAGAGGAAUCAAAGAGGAAUAUCCCAAUCAAUUGCUCUUGGAACUGAUCGUAAACAAUCUGCAUUAUGAGAUUAUUAGAUAACUACUUCUAUUUUAUUUGUACAAAUAUAUGUUUGAGAUCAGUGGCAAAGACGAUUCAAUAAGGGGUAUCAUCUGAUCAUAGGUGGAUCCAGAAUUAGGAGGAUUCGGGUGCCAUACUACUUAUAUAUAAACAUAAACAUAUGAUAAUUUACAUGGUCCAAAUAAGAUAUACAUUUAGUCGGUUUAAGCUAUUUGAGUUUCAAUUUCGGGUUAUUCAUCUUUUAAUUUAUAUAGACAAAUGAAUCAAACAAAACAAUUUAUAAUUAUGACUACUUGGAGAAAAGCAUGAAACUUCAAUUGGAGUACAUGUGUUUUCUACGAGGAAAAAAAGGACUUGAUAUCAAUACAUACUUAGAUGCUCAAGGCAAAAAUUGAUGGGACAAACCUAUGUGAGCAAAUUGAAAAAUUCAAAGAAAAAGAAAGAAAGGAAAGAUAGAAAGACACAAAAAAAAUAAGUCACGAAAGGUAGGCUACAAAUGUGAAAGAAGAAUUGAGAGCGCAGUUUGCGGUGUCAUUCUCUUUGUAUUCACAUUCGCUGAAAAACCUUUUAGCAGACGUUCUUCUUAUAAAUAGGCAUCUCCUUCUUAAGAUGUAAAUUAUCCCUCAACCCUUUUUUCUCUUCAAUUAAUAAAGAGUUAUUUUUGUG